GGCGUAACCAGCAUCCGUCUUUACCUCCUACUCCCAUGGAUUCGCCGCCAACGUUGCGCUGGGCUCUGUCCUUUCUCGUCCUCCUUUUUUAUUUUUCACCUGUGUUUGCCCAGAAUUCAACGUCAGAUUCAGAUUCAUAUGACAGCGAUCCAAUUCUUCAGUAUCGCCCCAGUUUUGCCAAAUCACUCCCUGUCCAGAUCCUCCUGACAGGUGUCGUCCUCACUCUAGUGGUCGUUCUUUUCGUACACCUUAUCUUCACAGCUCAAUACCACUGGAAACUUGCACAAGUCAACUAUGUACUCCAGAUCUCUGCAGUAACGACUCUGCUCAUAUCCCUCGUCGCCACCAUUCACGUCGUUUUUUCAGCAACUGUGCAGGAGAGCCAGCAUUGGCCCUAUAUGCUCAGCUAUCUCGCAGUGGACAUGCCCAGUUACGUUACUCCAAAUUCGACCUGGACUCUUGCCGAGAGGGCCACCUGGAUAGUUAUGAAUGCAACUACCUCAGGUCUCAUUCAGAUCACCCAUAUCCACUUCUUGACGCUGUUGUUUCCUUCUCACUUAGAAGCGAGACUCAUCUUUGGCCUAUUGGGACCCCUAGCCAUCAUUUCUGCAGUAAUGCAGCUUAUCCCGAUUUACUAUGAUACGAGCCUUGUCUCCCUUGUCAACGAUGUUCGCAACGUCUGCAACGCGACGCUCUCCCUCCUAUUCACGUUGGCGCUACUUAUCUGGGGCCUUCUCGUCAAUCGCCGGCAAGCCUGGCGCACUGACGGCGGAACAGCGGCUUUCGGUGCAGGCGCCAUCUCCCUCGCCAUCAUCUCCACCACCCUCAACUUUUUGUACAUACCAAGCCAAGACCAAUAUGUGUGGAUGCCCAAGUUGAUGUGGGCCGUAGUGCUGUGGCAGAGCUUUUUGGGU